UCCUUGAGUGUGCUUUUAGAAUACAGAUUUUAGAUAAUCACAUCAUUAUGAAUCAAACUACAAGAUGGAUUGCAGAUUGAACUAUUCGGAGCCAUACGCUGAGCACAUAGCGAAACCACAAAAUUGAGCUUGUUGAGGCCCAGCGAGCCCAACCGCGCGCGCUUCUUUGUAUUUGCCGCCAGUCACUUCACUGCCACAGUCACCGCCUUCAAAUCGGGUCUAAGUUUCCGAACCCGCUUUCAUUAUAUUAAAACCCGCGCAUGGCCUCCACUCUCUCUCUCUCAUCCUCACUCCGCUAUAUUCGCCCCCCAACGCGUACAUUCCACGCGCCGCUGAUCUCGCGUCUCCCUCUGUCGAGGCUGCAACCGCACACGAUCACUCCCCUCCGCGCGAAUCUCAAGACCCCGAUGUCCGCAUUGGGAUCUUCGUCGCCGUCGUCAACGGCCGGGAUGGGAAGUCAGAAGAAGAAGGUGGAGGUGUUUGACUCGGAGGAGCAACUGGCGGCGCAGCUGGCCAAGUACACCGCCGACCUGUCGGAGAAGUUCGGCAAAGAGAGAGGCGCCUUCACAGUUGUUGUGUCCGGCGGCUCGCUUAUCAAUUCUCUGAGGAAACUAUGUGAAGCGCCGUAUUUGGAGAGUGUGGAAUGGGGCAAGUGGCAUGUGUUUUGGGUUGAUGAGAGAGUGGUGCCUAAGGAUCAUGAGGACAGUAACUACAAGCUUGCUUAUGAUGGGUUUCUCUCUAAGGUACCGAUUCCCGCAGGCAAUGUUUAUGCCAUUAAUGAUGCACUGUCACCUGAGGGUGCAGCAGAUGAUUACGAGACUUGCCUCAAACAUUUGGUUACAAAUGGUGUGCUAGCCACUUCAAAAACUAGUGGGUUUCCAAAGUUUGAUAUCAUGCUUCUGGGAAUGGGUCCAGAUGGGCAUGUUGCUUCACUAUUCCCCGGUCAUCCUCUUGUCAACGAGAAGGAGAAGUGGGUCACCUUUAUCAAGGACUCACCAAAACCACCACCGGAGAGGAUUACUUUCACCUUUCCGGUGAUCAACUCCUCUGCAUAUAUUGCAAUGGUUGUGAAUGGGGCUGGAAAAUCUGGUGCUGUGCAGACAGCUCUCGGAAAUAGCGAGAACUCUGACACUUUGCCUGUUGCAUUGGUUGCUGCUGAAGACGAAUUGACUUGGUUCUUAGAUAAGGAAGCUGCUUCAAAGCUGUAGAAAGGAAACUUAUCUAUAGGCUUGUGAGGUAUUGCAUGUGUUAAUCGUAUAAUGUGUGUUGAAGCAGAAAUCACUGUGAUUCACUGCUGGCUUUUCUUAGGAACUGUAACACUAAGAAGUGGUGACUAUUUUUGGUCAUCCUGAUGGUGCAGUAAGAACUAAAAUAAAAUGGUUUGUUACAUUAUUCAGUCAUGAAUAAAACUUUAUUCUCAUCUCGGCUCCCUUUAUCACUCCCUUGCAACUAUAUAAUUGUGUUAAUGCAAACACUGAACAUCUGCAGUAGUGAAGCUAUCCAUCAUUCAUUCA